ACAAGCUCUUAUGAUUUAUACAAGUAAGUGCAAUAAUUGAAAUAUAUUACGUUAUGAUGUUUUAUUCAUAUUACGAUUUAUUAAUGUUUUAUUCAUACUCAUAACACAGCUCUUAGUUGGACCCCCAGUGCCUCGAUGAGCACACCCAACCGCAAGAGAAAAAUAUCAGUAGACGCAACGAAAGAUGAUGGAUACUAUAAAAGACUAUGUAUUUCCCAAGAGAUUUAGUAUCUUAGCCUACGUAUGUGUGAUUAUUCAUUUCCACUGUGGAGUUAUAUUGGCAGCAAUUGCAACAGCUUUGAGAUUCGGCGAGGAGGAGAAGUUCAGUUGUGCUGUUGACACAAAAUUUGCAACGCACAAGAUAUACGUGGAGAAAACGUGUUUUUCAAUCUACGACGACGCUUACAACUCUCCCGUGAGAUUCUAUGCUUUCAUAGUGCUCAAUUUUGGUUCUGUAGUUGUUGUAAGUGUUAUUUAUUCGCUUGCUGUUGGCAAUCGUAUUGAUGAAACAGAAAAAUACUCGAGCGGAAGUGAUAAAUCUGAAACUGGUGCCAAGAAAGGGAACGUUGAACCAGGUAGAAAAUUAUAUGUUUUCUAUUUCUAUUUUAUCCACCUUGUGGCUCGUUUGAUGCUCGGUAUAUUAUUUACCAUCCUACAGCAUGUAUUAUAUCCAAGUGGUUUUGAUUCAAAAUUCAGUUGUGUUUACCCAGAUAUAAAACAAUCGGACCCCAACAUAACAGCAGCACAGAAUGCAAGUGUUACUCUAUCAAGUCAUGUAACUUGUACGAACUCGGCUGCUCAGGACAAACAGUUUUGGGGAACAUUUGUGUCUGUAUGUAAUGUCAUUUUUGCCAUAAUUACACUGUUAGAAGUGGCUUAUCUGAUAUGGUACCAAUUUCCUUGUUUCAACACUCGAUCUAAUGUGCCUUGGUCAUGUGAUUCACAGUUUAUUACUGAGUAUUUUCUUCAAAAGGAAUACAUUCCUUCUGAGGAUGACAAGUUUACUGGCAUAGACAAUUGUACUCCAAACAGUAUUGACAUUUACAAACAAAACAUUUUAAAGGCUUCUCUUAAUACACUUGACAUCAAUUAUGGAGCAAACAUAAGUUUGGAUGACAUGUUUAUUGAUGUUGUUAUUCAAACUGAACAAGCACCUCACAAAUUUUUGAAAGGCAUGACCAGGCAUGAGAUUUAUGAUGUUUAUAUGGAAGUUCCUAAGCAUUCAAUAUGUCUGAAAGAGAUAAAAGAUUUAUUUUAUCCCAACGAGGAUACCAAGGGAAAUUCCCCACGUACCAUCUUGGCACUCGGACGCCCGGGAAUUGGAAAAACUGUUUUGACCACAAAAAUUAUGCAUGAUUGGGCGAAUGGUGUUGAUGAAUUUUAUCACGAUAAGAUUACUUUCCUCUUCAAAUUUAGAUGCUUUAAUUUGAGUGAGUUUCAAAAUGUAACACUCAAGAAAUUUCUUCGUUUCGGAGCAGAACUUAAUGAAGAUAAAUUUGAAAGCAUUUUUGAAGAGAUUUUACACAAUUCAAAGAAAAUCAUUGUUAUCUUUGAUGGCUUAGAUGAACUUUGUUCUAACCUAAAGGAAUUUAAAAAUUAUGUUGAUCAAUCGAAAACAUAUUCCAAUGACCCCGAUAUUCCCAUGUCUGCAAUGUUUCUUUUCAUCAAAAUAGUAUUUGGAUAUUUGCUAGAAGAGGCCACAAUAUUGGUGACUAGCAGACCGACAGCUAGUGAUGUUUACUCAAAACUCAAAUUUGAUCGAAAAGUUGAGAUUAUUGGAUUUACCUUGGACAAAAUUGAAAAGUAUGUCGAACAAUUCUGUGCUAAUCAUGAAAAAAAUGACCUGAAACCAAAGAUUUUGAGUCAUAUAAAAUCAUCAUCAGAAAUAAAGAACUUGUGCUACAUUCCAGUCAAUAGUUUUAUAGUGUGUGUAACUUUGUUAAACUGCCUACAUGAUCCAGACAAUGACAAUCCAUUACCUACUACACUCACUGAACUGUACCAGGCAGCUUUAGUUUACUUCCAUAAGAAUCAUGAUCGAAACGAAAGCAAAGGGUGUUAUCAAAAGGUUAUUAAGGAACUCCAAUGGUUGGCUUUCGAUGGUAUGAAAAAUGACCAACUGAUUUUUUAUGGCGAACUGGUGAAUGAACAAAUGAAAGAAUCAGGAUUGUUGCACUGUUUACCUGUCCCCUUCUUUCAAAUUCAAGCUCAAGUUUGUUUCAUUCAUUUAACUGUGCAAGAAUUUCUUGCAGCAAAACAUAUAGUGGAAACAAAGGAGCCUGAAGAUAUAAAUGAAUUCAUUUCUUCCCAUGUUGAACAUGGAAAAUGGCAUUUAGUGCUUCAGUUUCUUGCUGGGUUAUUGGGAAGAAGAAUGAAGAUGUCUGAUCAAUAUAGAAGCUGUGUUCUGGCUUUCACAGAACAUUUUAGUUGUGAAAUUUCAGAUGAAAAUAUUGUAUGUAAUCUUGAUCCUAGUCAAGUAUUGGUCAUGAAGUGUCUAAGAGAAACAAAGGAUGAAGGUAUUGCUAAAGAAACUGCUGCAACUUCUGCAUUGAAAGGUGUGACCUGUAUAAGAAACAAUGUACAUUCGCAUUCUUCAAGUGAAUAUGCAGCAAUGGUAUUUGUUUGCAAGCACUUAAACUUUUUAGCCAGCUUAACUUUAAAGGGGAUACCUGAUUUUGAUUGUUUGCUUCAAGUCACAAAAUUGCUGCAAGAAAGAUGCAUAGAGAAAUUGUCAUUGGAAAUGCCUAUUGUUUACCGUGUUGAAUUGGAUCUGGAACAUGUACUUAGUGCAUUGACAGACUCAGAAUGUUGCAUUAAUCAUGAACAUUCGAAACUCACUCAGUUCACCCUCAAUGAUUUCCAUAUUACUGAUGCUGGUGUGUCUAGUCUAAUUGAGUUUCUUCUUCAGAAUGCUCAUCGAAUUUGUCUGCAAAAGUUACACCUGAGAGGGACUAAGAUCACUUCAUGUGGAAUUGCUAAGUUUUGUGAUGUUCUGGGCAAUGAGAUUUGUAAUCAGCUGAUCGAUCUUCAUCUUGGUUGGUCCGACAUAGGUGAUGGUGGCGUGCGUACUCUAUGCAACGCAUUGAGAAGAGAGGAGCAUAAACUUCAGCGCUUAAAUAUUAGCAGUUCUUUAACCACUGGAAGCAUAUUUGCGCUUGUUGAAGUACUUGGUGAUGAACAUUGUGCAAUAACUGACUUGAACCUAGUUUCUGAUGCAAUAGGUGAAGAAGGUGUUCGUAUGUUGUGUGAUGUUUUGAAACAAGAGCAGUGUAAACUUGCUGUAUUAGAUAUUAGUAAUUGUUCAUUAACAUAUAAAUGCAUGCCUUACCUAACUGAGGCUCUUGGGGAUGAAAAGUGUAGGCUUACCGACUUGUCACUCGGCAGCAAUGAUAUAGGUGAUGAAAGUGUAUGUACGUUGUUUGCUGCUCUGAGAUUAGAACAAUGUAGCCUUACUAAGUUGGAUUUGGGUUAUUGUUCUUUAACAGAAAAAUGCAUGACUGCCUUGUGUGAGGCUCUCAGCCAUGAACACUGUGGUUUGAUCAACUUGAAUCUUGGUGAAAAUGACAUAGGUGGUGAAGGUGUACGUAUGUUGUGUUGUGCUCUUAGGAAAGAGCAGUGUAAGCUUACUGAGUUGGAUCUGAGUGAUUGCUCGUUAACAGAUGAAUGCCUUCCUUCUUUCUGUAAGGUUCUCAGAGAUGAACGUUGUAGGCUUACUUCGUUGGAUCUAGGGUCCAAUGCCUUCACAGAUAAAUAUUUGUCAUUACUCUCGGACACCCUCAAACUUGAGCAUUGUUGUCUUCAAUAUUUGGGUAUUUGGUCAUGUAACUUCACUGAUGAGGGGGAAAGGUUGCUUGAGGAUGUUGAGAACUUUGAACAUUGUAAAGCUAGACGUCUUAGAAUUGAAGUGUAAAGCUAGAUGGCGUAUCUUGGCAUGGAAUGGUGAACUCUUCCUUCUUUAAAGAGUUGGAUUAGCACCUGUAUAAAUGAUUAGUGGACUGGGACAAGUGUCAUGACGCCACCAAGCGAAAUAAAUAUUGGAACAAUUUAACGAUGCAAGCGGCUCGUCAGACUGAGGUUAUACGACGUUUCUGUCGUUCUAAGUGAAUAUGAGACAAUGACAUCCCCUGGAUGGGACAUUAGUUAUUCACUCGUUACCCCCAACAGAAGUUGCUACUCAUUCAACCAGGCACGUGUCGGACAUAUAAUCAAACAACGCCAAAUUUCAUGGAACAUUUAGUGGAAGCUCCAGGACUCCAUUGUGGCAAUUUCUGAAUAAAUUUGAAGACGAAUUCCACCAAGUUGACUGUAUUUUACACAAAACAUCAGUUAUGCAGAGCUUUGUAAUAAAUCACGUUCUCUAAGGUAUAUAGAUUAACAUUUUAUUUAUAGUCAAAAUGGAAGUACCUGCACACAUCCGCUUUUGUAGCUUGUCGUGUAAUACUGUAUUUCUGUAGCUGCUGAAAAAAUGUUUGUGCAAAAAUAAUGCAUUAAG